UGGUGCUAAAAAGGAAAAAAAAAGAAGAGCGUUAUGUCAAUUUCAUUGAUUAACAAAAGCGAUGGCUCCACUGCAAAGCAAAGUUGAUACUCCUGGGCCUCUGAGUUCAAGAGCCUUUUAGACAAAUGGCUCUGAGCUAAAACAUGAUCAUGCACGCAUAUGCAUCUGUCUCGGUCUGAUGAGAUAAUCUGGAUACUUGGUUGUUAUCCUUGAGCAUUUUCCUGCCUCAUUAAUGUAUGUGUAGCCACCACAAUAAUAAUCAUAGCUAAUAAUGGCUACAGCUGAGGGCUUUCCUGAACCAGGCAGUGGUUUUAAAAACUUUAACCCCUAAAGCUGAGGACUUUCCUAAGCUAGAUAGUGGCUUUGAAAACUUUAAAGUUUUCACAUAGACUGUCAUUGAAUAAUUUCUGUUUUUCAGGUCAAGAAACUGAGACUUACUAUCACAUUUGGGAUUAAGCUAAAAAAAAAGAAAAGAAAAGAAACAGAGGCUGAACGCUGUCAAGUAUUUCACAGCCAGCAGGAAAUCGGAACUUGAACCCAGGCAGUCUAGCCCUGGGAUCCUUUCCCCUUACCCAUUAUCCAGUGUUGGCUACACAAAACUAAUGAGUACAUAUUUUCAACUAUAAUUUAAGUGGGUGACGUAUUUUUCACUAUAUUUUAUGUAGGUGACUUUCAGUUUGGGGGUAUUCUACUUACACAAUCUAUUGAGCUGGAUAUUAACUGAGAGCAAACAGAAACUAAUGAACUCUGAAAAACAUAAAACAUGAGCAACAUGACGUCACUGCAAGAGACAAAACAGCACAUAGCCUUCUUGUGACUGUAUUUUGCUGACAGUCCAUGAGCUGAUAGCCUGAACUCAGCAGUGCUGUUCCCUUGGGAGACACACACACACACACACACACACACACACACACACACACACACACACACGAGUUGGUGGUUUUCUGCCCCCCACCCCCACCCCAACACACACACGAGUUGGUGGUUGUGCUGCCCGGAGCCUCCAGUCCGCGAGUGUGAAGAACGGACCAGAUGGGUCCAACAGUGCUGGGUCAAGGCGAGGAGGGGGCAGCCGGAAGCGCGCGCAUGCUCUGGACUCCUGCAGCCGCCGAAACGGUCAGGUUUUCCUUGUUCCCGCAUGUUCAGCCAAUCGUGUUUAAGGAGAAACUAACAAUGAAAACGGACUCGUUGAUGGAGGAAAAGUUGGAAUGCUGCCUCUGGUGCUGUUUGAGCGAUCCCUCUAUCCCGGGUCGCUGCUGUGUUCUGGAAAGGCGCAUUGUACCCUGGAUGCAGCAGGAAUCCUAUUCAUCUUGUUCACCGAUAUGGUCUGUGGACUCUGAUGAGCCAAAUCUGACAUCAGUUCUGGAACGUCUAGAAGAUACUAAGGACAACAGUUCGUUCUUCAGUUCUGAGACUCGGAUUGGCUCUCCUUGCUCCUCAAACUUGCAGACAGCCUAUUGUGGGACCUUGUGAUUGUCUUCCUUCUUCGGUUAGAAC